GGUUUCGUUGGCAACCCUUCAACUGUUCUCCGAGAUAUUCGGCUUCAAUUACGGAACUCGCUUUAGGCUCCUCUUGACCGAGUCUCUUAAGGUGUUAGCUCACUUUCUGUCGUGACCUCUGCUAUGAUGUCUCCCAGGUCCAGUCGUCAGCUCGGCUUUCAGCUCCCUUUGUUAUGAUGGGCUUAUCGCAACCCACAUGCUAGCUCACGCUUAUCGGUACCUCACCUGAGGGUCAUAUUCGGGUCCAACAGUUGCCCCCAGCUUCCGAAUAAAAUCCUUUGUCUCGGAAGCUAGAAUCUAGCUAUCGAUCUUAUCUUUUCGUUAAGAUAAUGAUUAGUUCUUAUCCUAUUUAGAUUCAGCUUACUCGAUCUAACGGUCUUUAUUACGUUUGGCAGAAUCUACGGUUCAGAUGGAGAGGGUUUGAAAUGACUUUUCCGAAUCUCGAGAGGUGAUGGGAUAUAAAGCGGUGAACAUUAACUGCUAGCCUCCCACUUUCUCCACGCCUCCGUUCGGUUUUCAAGUUGGCUGGGGCUGUUAACAGGGCCCAGCUCAGGUUUGAGAAUGCUCUGUGUGCUGCCCCCAAUGCUGGUGAACUUGCUGAGGUUACCGAGAUGGUUAAGGCAGCCAAAACCGAUCUUGACCAAGCCCGGGUUCGAAUUUCUGAACUCGAAGCCGAAGUGACGAGGCUAGGCUCGAAGGCCGAUGCUCAGCAAGGAGAGAUCGAGAGUCAAAAGCUCGAUAUCCAGGUGAAGAGCAGGAGGAUCAAUGAUUUAGAGGCUGCUCGAAAGAUAGCUGAGCAUCAAGUACGUGAGCUCAUUGCCUCAUCCCGGGAUAGCCAGAAGAACAAGGAAGCUGAAGUCAAGCUGGCUGUCAGGGAAGGGAAGAAAGAAGUCGCCGAAGCUUACGGCAAGAUCCUGGUCUGUGUUAAGGAGAAGUUUGCUAGGAAGAAAGAUGAGGUCGACGCUUUGGUGUACGCUCAGGAGCUCCAAGCUAAUGCCGACCUCUUGAAGGAUAUGCUGAACAACAAGAUCCAAAGCGUUGAAGAGGAGUACAACCAAUUGGUGGCCUUAUUACCAGAAGCGACAACUGCGUAUGAGAAGGCUCAAGUCUCUGACUUCUCGGUCAGCAAGCUUCCUCUUCCCCAGAUCUCGGAGAGUUCAGUCGAGGCAGCAAUAGGAGGUGACGGCAAUGUGGUCGAUGAGGGAGUUCCUGCCGGUGCUGGUGAUCCGAUUCAGGAAGAGAAGGAAGAUUGAGAGCUACGGCUCUUUUAGCUUUAUGUUUUGUGUUUUUAAGACUUCGGCCUAAGGGCUUUGUUUCGUUAUGCAUUAUGACUUAGUGCCUGAGGAGGCCUUCAAACCUUAACACUUGCUGGAUUUCAAUAGCCUGGGGAGGUUUUUAAACCCUUUCUUAUGUUUAAAUCGUGGCUACUAUUUCUGUUUUAAGUUUUUGAACUUAACCUCGUUUCAUUUAAUCAUAGUGAUUGCGAAUCUCAGAUGAGUUGUGUGCUGUCAUCGUUGAGUCGGAUUAGGACCUUUAGUCUUAAUUUAUGAUAAGCAUUUAGCUUAAUGGAUAUUCGGUCGUGAUAACCUUAAAGAGAAGUUCUUGAUUUUAGCUCGGGGACCUGAGUCCGAUUCGAAAGGUUCUGGGACCUGGUUGUUCAGGUUCGUAGGAACCUGGA